AUGAAAUAAAAUAAUUACAAAACUUCAUAAAUUGAUCUUUCUAGUAUUGGUGAAGAAUCAAAUACUCAAUCAGAUGUAGAAUUAGAAUAAAUAGACAUGGCUAAAAUGAAUUGUUAUGAAUAUUAUACUGCUAUGGAUCCUUUAUCAACUCAAGUCUUCUAAAUUGAUGGUGAACAUCAUAUUAAAGAAUUGUUUAAUCGCUUGAUUAAGAAGGUAAUAGUUAAAGCAUAAGAAAAUGAAAUCUUAAGAAAGUUACCUACUGUGUCUGCUUCCAAUUCAUUAAAUCUUUUAGUUAUGCCUUUGGUGCAAGCAUUCUGUAAACCUGAAAAUCCAAAUAAAGAUAUUCAAAGUGGUGGAUUAGGAGAGGACUUCGAACCUUUACACAUUUAACAAGAAUAAUGGCUGACAUCUAAAAUUAAUAUGGAAAUCAAGCCAGAAAUUAGGCCUAAUACUUGUUAGACUUCAAGUCCAAUGACUUUUGCUAGAUCAAAGGUUUUUGAUUAAACUUAACCAAUCAAAGAAAAGAAAUAGCUUGAUCCUAUGCCUAUAGACUUAGUAGAUCCAUUAGAUAUUAGUAUUACAGAGGAGCAAUUGAGAAAUGAAAAGGAACGAUAAACAAAGGAGAAAUUAGAAUUGAAUGAAGCUGAAAAAAGAAGGAAACUAAAAGAAGAAAAAGAAGAAUAAUUAAAAUACGAAUUGAUGGCAAAAGAUAAGAAAUCAAAGCAAUAUACUUAUGAUUAUGAUGGUAAACUGAUAUCUGUUAACUUGGCUAAAGGUACUAAAUUGCCACCUCCAGCAUCGACCUUGGGAUCUAAAUUUGAUGAGGAUCAAACUGCAAAAGUAAAUCCAAAAAAGAAAUACAAUAAAGUUCCCUGGAAUAAUAAGAAAACCGAUGAUGAAAAGGAUAAAGAGAAAGAUACAUUCAAGUUCAAUCAAAUAGCUCCUUUAGUUGUAGAGAAUAUGAAUUUAUAACCAGGAAUUGUAGUCAUUCAUGAGGGGAGAAUCAAAGAGGGCACCAGACCAAAUACUGUCGAUUUACAGAAAAUGAAUAAUCCAAAUCUGAGAAUGGCAAGGAAUGAAUAUCUUAGUCUUACUUAACAAAUGAAUUCAUCUAUUAACCAUAAUGUUUAAAUUAAAGCAGAAGACAAGCCAAUAAAAGAAAUUGAUAAAGGAAAAGGAUUCAAUUAUGAUAGACUAAAGAGACUUAGCCAGUAAUCAAACAAUCAAUUAGGAGUUAUUAAAAUUAAUUCUACUAAGAUAUUUGAACAAUUGGCAUAAGCUUUUUUUGAGGAGCCUGAAGAAUUACCAAAAAUCAUUAAUUAAUAGACAUCAAAGAGUUCUUAAGAAAACACAUUAAAAGGAGUGAAAAGCCCCAUAGAUUAAUUUAACUUAUCUUUAUAUAAAAAUAAUGUUGUGGGCAAAGAUUAAUAAAAUGAAAUUGGAAUAAAUUAUGAGAAAUUAAAAACACUAAAAGCCAAUUCACGGUAUUACAAUAAUCAUUUUAGAGAAUUGAAAUCCUCAAUAGGAUCAAGAUCCAAUAGACCAAGAGAAAGAAAAAUGUUAUCAGAACAAAGCACCCUACCUACUGUGAGGAGCUAAAAAAACUUUAAAUUAUGA